AGGACUACCUUGAGGGUUCUGCUUUAUGAUGCCUCAAGGCAAAGAAGGAUCAUUUGCCUCUCAAGUAGCCUUUGAUCAGCUGCCUUUGAGCCAUCAAGAUGCCUUUGUCUUCUCUUCCAGCAACUAUUUUGUCUCACAUGAUAGCUGUAAACAAUGUGCCUCCUCCUCCACUUCGCAGUUUACCAAAGUUGAAAAUGUCUAAGUACAUUGAUUAUGGCCAGUUGAAUGCAUUGUGCCAUAUAAGAGGACUACAAUCCAGGAUGAAGAAUCAAGUCAUGCCACUUGGUUUGAAUCCGGCUCAGACACUCACUGAAUGUGUGACCUUGGCAAAACAACUAGCACAAAAGCUCAAAAAAUCUAUUGAAGACACAGUAGACUAUGAACCCCAACAACCUGAUGAUUCUCACAAUAUAGCUAUCCAUGUUAAAAAAGCACGUGGUGGCCUUACUUUAUAUGAGCCCAAAAAAUUAGAAGAGAAGUUGGUAGAAUUCCUGGAUAUUUUAAAGAAAUUGCCCAUUUAUAGGACAUUGCAUGAACACAAAACUGUGUGGAAAAUGCUGAAAACAAUUCCAGAUUUGACCUGUCAGCUACCUGAGGAGCAUCUGAAAACUCUUAGCAAGAGUGUCAUUUCCGAAACCUGGGUAAAAGGCAGCACAGUGGUUGGAAAUGAUGGAUUUUAUAUAAUACUGAAAGGCUCAGCUCGACCUCAAACAAAGGUACAUAGAAAUCUGACUGAAGAAAAUGAGUCAACAGCCUCUUUCAUACCUCAGAGUUUCCAGGAAUUUGUCAAUGAAGACUUCAAAAACUUUAUACUUGCUGAGAUGCACACACCUUCAUGUGACACAACACUUCGACAAUGGAGUACCUUUGGAACCCUGGAAGUUGCAGCUCAGACCAAAUCAGAAACAAAGGAGCAUUCGGUGAUCACAGAAGAAGAUUGUGAAAUUCUUAAAAUCCCUGCAAAGGAUUAUGCAAGGUUAAAAUCGGAAAAAAUAAAACUUGAAAAUAAAGAAAAGGUGAAAUUAAUUCGUAAAUGUCCAUAUUAUGAAGAGUGGCCCACUUUAUCCAUAUAUGAGCUAGUUGCACUCAUUAAAUGGAAAAAAUUUCCUCCAGGUCAUGUGAUAGUGGAAAGUGGAAAGAUAAUUUCUUUUGUGGCUUAUAUUAAUUCUGGAUAUUGUGACAUUUAUAGAAAUAUUGUAGGACUUAUGAAACUACAAUCAAAAAAAGUGAAAAAAAUUCAAAAACUUGUUUCUAUGGGUAGACUUAAGGAGAAGGAGUCCUUUGGUGAGAUUAGUGUUCUUCUUCAAGUUCCUUUCACAUGCACAAUAGUUACUGGAAAAGAGGUUGAGAUGGCAAUCAUUGAAGAUAAGGACCUAUUUGAAUUAGACCCAGUGACCAAGCAACUUAUGCUCCAUACAGCUAAACCAACUUUUGGCCAUCUGACAGAUACCUACAAGUUUAUAAAAAUGAGGAGUUUCAGACCACAGCUCAUUUGUGCCUGUAUAAUUACUGGAUGUUUAAACAAAGCCAAAUUCUUACGGCCAUAA